GAAGUUGAAGGCACCUUGAAAUUUUCGCCCGUUCGCACCACCGUUUCCCUUCACACCAGUCAACCCCAAGACACAUACAAACCAGCCAAAAUGGAGAACGAAAAGGGAGAGAUUGUCGAUCUCUACGUCCCCCGCAAAUGCAGCGCAACCAACCGCAUCAUCAAAGCCAACGACCAUGCCUCUGUGCAGAUCUCUAUCGGCAACGUUGACGAGAACGGCCGCUACACCGGCGAAAACCAGGUUUAUGCGCUCAGCGGAUUUGUGCGCGCUCGUGGUGAGGCGGAUGACUCGCUUAACCGACUUGCGCAGCGUGAUGGAUAUUUGAAGAAUGUCUGGAGUGCUCAGCGAUAAAUUUUUUGUCUUUGUCAAAAAAUUGUUUGCCUGUGGUUUUUAUGUUGAUUGGGGGUUCGAUUAAAAUGGGUUGAUGAAUUCGAGUUCGGUUUUGGUAUCGGAUCGGAUCGAUGAUAUGAAUGAUGCGAAUUUUUUCUUUGAUGUUCUUAUGUGUGUGGUGGAUUGAUGGGCUAGGGUUUUGUGCCUGAUGAUGACACUUGUAUGAUUGAUAUACAUAUCCAAUCCAACUCAAUUCAAUCCCACUCCAGCAUCUCACAUGGAAACCGGACGAGAAAUAUCAGACCGAGAAUUGAUAGAACUCUUCGAAUCUAUACCUAAUACAAAAGAAGCACAAAAAUAACCAAAA